UCUGGGGCACAGCUCUUUUCUUUCCAUCCGCACCCGCCACUCUCUACCCACAAUCUCCCAGUUUUACUAGCCCCGUUUCACUCGUCAAACUCCUGAGCCGCCGCCUAGAUUUACUUUUGUCUUCUACCGCACCUCAUGCAUUAGCUCUGAAUCAACCACUUUCCCUUAUCCCUCGAGUCUCCGAGCUUCUCCCUCCUCACACCAUCCUGGGUUCCGCCACCCCCGGGGCUAUCCAAGUUGGUCGGCUUCCCUUCGUCCUAAGCCCAUGCCAGGCCAGUAGCCUUUAAAUGAUGCCCGGAGCUAAGCUUGCCCAGAGUCCAGAGGAAGGGGGCAUCUGCAUUACUGAAGCCCUUAUCACCAAGCGGAACUUGACGUUCCCUGAAGAUGAGGAUCUGUCAGAGAAGAUGUUUCACACUCUGGCUGAACUGCAGACUGUCCGCCUGGACCGGGAGGGGAUUACCACUAUCGGGAAUCUUGAGGGCCUCCAGAACCUUCACAGCCUUUAUCUGCAAGCGAAUAAGAUCCAGCGGAUUGAGAACCUGGCCUGCGUCCCCUCCUUGCGCUUCCUGUCUCUGGCAGGAAACCAAAUCAAGCAGGUGGAAAACCUCCGUGACCUCCCACAUCUCCAGUUUCUGGACCUUUCUGAGAACCUGAUAGAAACACUGAAGCUGGAUGAGUUCCCUCAGAGCCUUCUCAUCCUCAACCUGACCGGAAACAGCUGCACCAAACAGGAUGGAUACAGGGAGCUGGUCACAGAAGCCCUGCCGUUGCUCCUGGACCUGGACAAGCAGCCUGUGUUAGAGCGCUGGGCCUCAGAUGAGGAGGAGAAAGCCUCAGACGAUGAAGAGGAGGAGUUCCCGGAGCUGAGCAGCCCGUUCUGCACAGAGCGAGGCUUCCUCCAGGAGCUGGAGCAGGAGAUGGACAGACACAAGGAGCGCAGACAGCAGACAGCCCUGAAUGAGCACCUUCAGAGGAUGGAGAUGAAGCCUGCCCUCACUGACCUCCCCCUGCUGCCUGGGGGACCCGUGGCUAAGGACAGCAGUCCCUCUGUCACCCCCAGCCAAGGGAAGGAGACACCCCCCAAGCCUGCCUCCUUGCCACAAGCCACCUCUGCCACCAAGAAACCCUGCCCUCUGGUUUCCAGCCAGCAAAGCACUGUCCAGGCAAAGAAGGGGACCAAAGCAGCCACAGGCCCCAAGGCCUCUGUGUCAAGGGCCCCCAGCACAACCAAAACUGUGACCAAAAGAAUCAAGAAGUGAAGGGCAGCCCGUCCCUACCAGCAAUUCCACAGGAACAAGGAAGGGGGAAGAAAAGGGCAUGGGCAUGGGUGGGGCCUCCCCUCCUCCUCAGACCCCUCACCUGUGACAGGAGGCUCCCCCAGUAAAAUGUCACCCAGCCCUGA